AACUUGCAUUAAACGUCAGCACUCGGACGAUCAGACCUACAAAGGGCGUCCUGGAAGGCACCAAAUGGUCAGCAUCCUCGAAUCCUGAAGCCUGUCAGCUACGGGACUUUGGCUGUGUCAGGAUUUGUUUAAAAAACAUUCAGCUGACGUUCUGAACUGGAGGAGACUGUCGCGUCAACUCCCGCCAAACACACACCGAAACUACGACGUUGGUACAACGUUCGAACAAGUUUUAACACCUCCUAACCAGUUAUAACAACCAAUAUAGCAAGAUGUAACAACGUUCUAAUACGUCAUAAACACGUUAAGCCAAGAUUUAACAGCUUUAUUACAAGUUGUAACAAGCAGAAAAUAGAGACAGUUUCGGUUUGUGUUUCCAGGGCUCAACCUUGACGUUCCAUACCUCAAGAAAUGUAAACGUCUCCAAGAUCAGUUUGCCAAGACUCUCAAACACCAGCCUCCAGGGUUCGAUGUCUCCGUCGACGAGGAAGCACCAGGGAGUUCUGAAGAUCCUCCUCUAUUGACAAAGGAAGUUUGAAGAAACGAUUGGAGUUAACCAAACAGUUGUUAAGGCCAAUAAAGCAGCAGUUGCUCUCUCUCUCUCUCUCUCUCUCUCUCUCUCUCUCUCUCUCUCUCUCUCUCUUUCCCCCCUGCAGAAGGUGAAGAGGAUGACCUUCAACGGAACUUGGCUCCUGCCUGUGUCUCUGCUCCGUAUCCUGCUCUUGGUCGUCAUUAGAGAGACGGGGAACCACAACUAUGACUCGUCUGAGAGACUCGGGAGCUACUACGACUUCAUUGUCAUCGGGGCCGGGUCAGCCGGGGCCACUGUGGCUGCCAGACUGGCCGAGGUGUCAGGCUGGAGGGUUCUGCUGCUGGAGAGUGGAGGUCAACCUCCACCAGAGAGCCACGUCCCAGCGCUCUUCUCCCUCCUCCUCCAGGGUGACGCGGACUGGAAAUUCAAGAGUGUUCAGCAGAAGUACAGUCUCGGCGGCUUCAAGGACCAGGCCAUCACCAUCAAUCGGGGCCGGGUGGUCGGGGGGACCUCCACCCUCAACUUCAUGAUGUACGUCCGAGGUCACAGGAAAGACUUCGACAACUGGGCAGAGAUGGGCAACCCGGGCUGGGAUUACGCUUCCGUCCUUCAUUACUUCAAGAAAUCUGAGGAUUAUCGAGGCACUCGACACGGAGCUACCGCCGAGUACCAUGGGUUUGGAGGCCCUCUGAGUGUUGAGGAUAAAGGCUGGUACUCUCCCAUACUUACUGGCUUCCUGGACGCUGCUCAGCAGUUGGGGUACCACAUUAUUGACCCAAAUGGUCCACACAUGAUUGGCUUCAGCGUCCCGGACAUGACUAUAAAGGAUGGAUGGCGCUGGACCAGUGCGGAAGCGUAUCUCAAACCCGCCGCUGAACGUCAGAAUCUUCACGUCGUUACCAACGCCCAUGUGACCCAGAUUAUAUUCGACGAGAACAAGCGCGCUGUGGGAGUCCGCUUCGUCCACAAGGGCGAGAUGAAGAUGGCGCUGGUGAAACGGGAGGUUAUAGUGAGUGGUGGAGCGAUAUCCUCACCUCACAUACUCAUGCUGUCCGGUGUUGGACCGGCCAGCCACCUCCAGCAACAUGGUGUACCAGUGGUGGCCGACGUACCAGGAGUGGGCCUCAACCUCCAAGACCACGCCUCCAUCUUCGGUCUGUCCUGGACCACCUCCCCCGGGUCCACCAUCAGCUUCCUCACUCUGGCCAGACCUUCCUCGCUCGCCGAUUACAUCUUCAGGAGAAAAGGCCCCUUCGCCACCCCCAUCGGCAUCGAGGCCCACGCCUGGAUAGAGUCUGACGAAGGGGACCCUUACUGGCCCGAGCUGCAGUUCCUCUUCAUAUCUGGCACAGCCAUGUUCGACAACGGCAUCUCUAUACCAGACCUGAUUGGCUACGACCGACAGUUCUUCUACGACUACUUCCUCCCUAUUCGGGGUCAAGACGGCUUCAGUAUCGCCCCCAUGUUGACCCGCGCCAGGAGCCGGGGGUCAAUCACCCUCCAGUCCAGUGACCCGAUGGUUCAUCCCGUCAUUGAUCCCAAUUACCUGAGUCAUCCCACUGACGUCAGGAACUUGAUUAAAGGUGUGAAGUUCGCGUUAGCAGUGGGCAACACUCCGGCCAUGGCUGAUGGCUUCGGCGCUCGCUUCCACGACAAGGUGGUGCCGGGAUGCGAACACCUGGUACCUGAGUCGGACCCGUACUGGGAGUGUCUGGUACGUCACCUCACAUCCACCACCUACCACUUCGCCGGCUCCUGCAAGAUGGCGCCUGGAUCCGACCCGUACGGCGUCGUCGACCACGCUCUCAAGGUUCGAGGCGUGAGUGGGCUGCGUGUGGUUGACGCUUCCAUCAUGCCGAUAGUGGUGUCAGCCAACCCCAACGCUGCCAUCAUCAUGAUAGGAGAGAAGGCCGCAGACCUCAUCAAAGCAGAGUGGGGUGCUAUUUCCCCCUACCCACCCACUGUGCCAUAUAUCUAACCUUUUAGAAAACGGUGAAACAAAGAAUUUAAACGCUAAAAACCAAUGAGGUGAACUAUAAUAUACAUACAAAUUGACUGCUGACUCGCAGCUCAAACUUGCGUCGUAAGAAAAACGAUAAGAGAUUCAGAAACUAUAUAUAGUUUACCCUAUGCUUCUUUCGUUAGUAAAAAGGCUUAGAUUCUCACGGAGGAGGGGGAAACUACUGCAGUUUGAUUAAUUGCAGAUUACAGAUGCCAAAUAUAACCUAGUGCGCCAACUAGUGCAUUAAACUUUGGGUAUACCUCAUUUAUACAAAGAAAUUUGACCUCUUUUUAACAUAUCAAUUCAGAGCUAUUUAAUUUGCAAAUAUUUAUCAGUGUAUAGUUUAUAUAUCCAUUCCAUCGAACCAAUAUUUUCAUAACACAUAGUUCAGGGAACUGACUUUCGAUAUAUUACUAUCAUAAACCGAGACUUCAGUCAAGGUACAGUGGCCGGUUAUAUACAGGAAGACAUCAGUCAAGGAACAGUCACCAGUUAUAUACAGGAAGACAUCAGUCAAGGAACAGUCACCAGUUAUAUAAAGGAAGACUUCAGUCAAGGAACAGUCACCAAUUAUAUACAGGAAGACUCAGUCAAGGAACAGUCACCAGUUAUACACAGGAAGACUCAGUCAAGGAACAGUCACCAGUUAUACACAGGAAGACAUCAGUCAAGGAACAGUCACCAGUUAUACACAGGAAGACAUCAGUCAAGGAACAGUCACCAGUUAUAUACAGGAAGACAUCAGUCAAGGAACAGUCACCAGUUAUAUACAGGAAGACAUCAGUCAAGGAACAGUCACCAGUUAUACACAGGAAGACAUCAGUCAAGGAACAGUGUACAGUUUCACAGUGUAACUGAGUUUUAAUAAAUCAGCGGACGAUAACUAGUUAUGUGACUGGCAUAAAACUGUUCAUGCUUCACUGAGAUUAACGUUUGUGACCAAGAAACUCUGUUACGUCUUCCGAUGCAUGGGCAAACAAAUACAAUUAUAAGGAAAGUAAAUUACGAGACAAUGCAACAUAAAAGUUUCUAAUUUGUCAUGUAUUGAUUAUUGUAAUAGAUUAUUGUCAUUUUGUAGAAUACGGCAGACGCGAGAGAGGGAAGUAAGGCGAUGUGACUAAGAGAUGAGACAACCACUUAGCCGUGACGCCCUGUUCUCCGUGUCAAUAAAGUAUUUUUGAACAAA